UUUUAAUCCUCUGGUUUGAUUUCCUGAUGUCUGAAGUCUGCAUUAUUGAUCAAGACCGUGUGACUCUGAGUAGGACGACAGACUCAGAAAUUACGUACAGGUUUGUGAAUUCUGAGCUAACCGGUUACUAGUAAUUUGAGGUGAUCACCAUGAUAACUUCACCGGGAAUCAAACCAGAUGCCAUGCCCACUUUAGCAUCACCGUUCUCUCACUCGCAGGUAGCAGUAGUAAAGUGCCGCCUAAAAAAUAUAUGGCUGUUUAUUAAGGAGUACUAUUGUGAAACCCGAUCUACCAUGACGUUUGCACUCAAAGGCGCGAUUGGGUUGUACGUCUUUACCAUCCACCCACCGCCACCAUACAGAGCUUGAUCAUUUUUCUCCAAGUGAGAGCUGAGCUUCUCUGCUUCAGCAGUUAUAGUACUAGUUCCUUUUGACCUUUGACCUACCAAUCCAUCGGCAGAGAAUUAGCCGGCUGGAGUGCUAGCCGAUAAUUCCCCUGUAAGCAUUUGAUGAUGGUCGAGUAAUCGGUCCAGCGACACGUGAUGUCAGAAUGCUGAAAACAGUAGGCUUUCUUUGGGGGUUAGUAUUAGCAUAAUGGAAUAGUUUCGGGAGUCAAUAAUUAAUUUAAGAUGGGGGGGGGGGAAAUGUGCAAUUCUGGAAUCUCCCUCCGUCGACACAAUUCAAAUAAAAACCGAGAGCGCCUUUGAUUCGUUCCUUCAACGGUAAACUGCUUAGUGCUCACCCAACAUUCAAAGAAGACGAAGAAAAAGGAAACCUUUCUCGCCUAGUCGCCGUCGCCAGCCGUCACUCUACUUGUCUAGUGCCGUCCGUCGGUGUAGUGGUUGAAUCCCAAGAAAUGAUGAUGGUUCGGAGGUAUCGCUAGUAGCAGUACUCACCAUUUGUUGCUUCUCAAAGAAAUUCAUUUUCGAUUUCAAAGAAGGGUAAUCCCACUCCCCCCCAAUACAUUCUUUGAACAAAAACAAGAAACUCUCUACCCUCUCAAUCUGAAGCAAGAAAAUAUUUGUGGGAAAACAGCACCGGACGCACAAAUGGUGGCCGUUGCAGUUAAGGGUAAAUCCAAACCUUCACAUCAAGUCAUCGAGGAAGACGCCAAUAAGUCAACCAAGAAGAGCAACACUGCCCUUGGAGGCCUCCCAUCUUUCAAGAUAUUUGCAGAACCGCCACCACCAUCUAAUGGCGGGAGACGUUUGGGCAGUGCAACUGGCUCUCAGAGUGGUAUCAAGAACUUGGAGAAGAACAAUGGCAAGAAGGACAGUUCUGUGAAAGCAAGUAUCGGAAGAAAAGUUUUGGCUGAUAUCAGUAAUGUCAGGGGAAGCUUUUCAGGGCCUAAGGCACACAAUAAAUCCAAAUCAUUGUGUAUUUCUAGGAAUUCAGCGGCUGGCACUCAGGCUGGGGGUUGUUCAUCAAGAAUGCCUUUCACUGGAAUUGUGCGGAACAACAUGACUCAAGCUUCUGGAAGCCACCACACUGUGAACAAGGCUGACAAGGAUAUAAAGAUCACUUCCUCUAACGACCUUGGGACUUUCACUCGAGGGUGCAAAUUCGUUGACACGAGUAGGAAAUCUCGUGGGGAUUAUCUGCCUCCAAUAAGGAAAUCUUUCCCAGUAACAGAACAAGUCAAAAAGGUUCCUAUGAAUGGUACAAAGGAGGAAUCUACUGAAAGCUCUGAGAGGCGUAGGGGAAAAUAUGGAUUUCAAGUUAAUUCCAAAGUUGGCAGAAAUGUGGCUUCCCGAGUGCACAACUCUCAGAAUCAUCUCCAGAAAGUUCGAGUUAGUGAUGGAUACAUGGUUAUGGCUUCAAGAGGUCAACGUAACUCUAGACCUGGAACAUUUUCAAGAAGAUCUGUCAAAGUUGAAAGGACCUUAAACUCACAUGGUGUUUGUGGCUUCAAUAAGCCACCUGCUGGUUCUGCUGCUUCGUCCAACAGAAAGGAGGAAAAGGCCAAAUGUUCUUCAACAAAACAUGUUGCAUCAGUAAUUCCCAGUGGACAAACUGCUCAACACGAUGUUUCUUCUUCUAGCAAGAGUGACUCAGAUAGAACUACAGCAGAUAAUGUUUCUAGGAGAAAACCUGAUCGAAGAAAAUCUUUUACUUCUUUACUGAUGUCACAAUCAAAGGAUGAUUUGCCAAAUAUCUAUGAUAAUCAUAAUCCUCUUGAAGUUACUGAAUAUGUUGAUGACAUCUAUCAGUAUUACUGGGUUUUGGAGGCACAUAAUCAGCCGUUGAAACAUUAUUUGGAUAUCCAGAGUGAAAUUACACCUCAAAUGCGUGGCAUAUUGAUCAACUGGCUCAUUGAAGUACAUCUAAGGUUUGAUUUGAUGCAAGAAACACUUUUUUUGAUGGUUACACUAUUAGACCAAUUUUUAUCCUUGGUAAGCAUCGGGAAGAACAAAAUGCAGUUAGUUGGCCUUACUGCACUCUUGCUGGCAUCAAAAUAUGAGGAUUUUUGGCAUCCAAGGAUCAUGGACUUAAUUGGCAUUUCAGCAGAUUCAUACACAAGAGAUGAAAUGCUUGGAAUGGAGAAUACUUUUCUAAAGGCACUCAAAUUCCGUCUGAAUUCACCAACUCCGUAUGUCUUUAUGCUACGGGUCCUUAAGGCUGCUCGAUCAGAUACAGCGUUUGAACAUCUUGCCUUUUACCUCAUCGAGCUGUGCUUAGUUGAGUACGAGGCUUUGAAAUAUAAGCCCUCAUUGCUAUGUGCAUCAGCCAUCUAUCUCGCUAGAUGUACAAUGGAAAUGAAUCCAACAUGGACCCCGCUGCUUGAGAAACAUUCCGGCUACAGAGAAUCUCAAAUCAGAAGCUGCGCAGAGAUGAUCUUGAAAUUUCACAAAGCUGCUAAAACAGCUAUGCUGAAAGUAACAUAUGAGAAAUACAUGAGGUUUGAGUUCGGCAGGGUUGCAGCUAUAAAUCCAGUAGAAGUGCUUCCCCAGUGCAGUCAUGAAAAUCAAUGUUACAAGAAUUGAACAGAGCUAAAAUUUAGAUGAUGGGCUGCUUAUAUAAUGAGCUGAAACCAAAUCCAUUGUAAUCUUGCCCAGACAUGCGACUCAAUUGUCGCUGAAAUUGUUGAACAUAGAUGUUGUAUUGAGAAAUAUGAUUCUAAAUGGUAGGAGCCAGACACUGGUUUGGACGUAUUGUGCACUAUAAUUAGAUUGAAG